AUGAAGCUUUGGGAGAGGAUUCUGAAUACUAAGAAAUUUCUUGCAGCCCCUGUUGAAGAACUUGUGCAAUACAAGAAUCUGGUGUUUACCACUGGCUUUGGCUCUGAGAGAACGCCUUAUCAGGGACCGCCUACCCCCGAGCGAGAUGCUUUGUGGGAUGAUCUGUAUCUGAAUUUUGGCAUCAGCCGAAUUCCUCGCGACUCGGCUGCCAAGUUGAUCAAUAAGACAAUUCCAAUACCCGGCGAGCGAGGACAAUAUGUGAUUGAAUUGAAUGUUUUCCAUCAACUACAUUGCUUGAACAUGAUCCGCAAAAGGCUUUAUAUCGAAGACGGCAAAUACGAUCCCAACCAUAAGCUGACUGGAAUCGAACAUCUGGAGCAUUGUUAUGAUGCUUUACGGCAGAGUCUGAUGUGCUCUGCUGACAUCACCCCACUUCCAUGGGUCUGGAGUGACAAGGCACAAGAAGCAAAGGAGGUUGCUCGAGUCACGCAUACCUGCCGUGACUUCGAUGUUUUAAGGAAUUGGGCUAGAGAACAUGCCGUGCAUCAUUUUGACAAGAAGAUACACGCGCACGAUGACCUAAACGAUCAUCAGUGA